GCGGCCGAGGCUGCUGUGAGAGGGCGCUCGAGGCUGACGAGAGCUAGCUAGCUAAGAAGGCGGGGAGGCGGUGUCUGCACUCGCUGGCCCGCUCGCUCGCUUCCCGGCGCCGCUGCGGGUCGGCGCUGCGUUUCCUGCUCGCGAACCACUCCGUUGCCCGCGCCUGGAGCAGCAGCCCCUCGGCCGGGUCCGGGCUCGGUUCGGGAGUCUUGCGUGCCGGCGGUCACCGCGCGGGGAGCGAGCUAGCGCCACACCUGUGGAGCCGGCGGCCGUCGGAGGAGCCGGUCGGGGUCCUGCCGCGUGCGUGCUCUGGGGAGUGGGCGGCCCGGGUCCCGGGGGAGGCGCGCCCCCGCGGCUGGGCGCCGCGGGCACCAUGGGGCUCCCAGCUCUCGAGUUCAGCGACUGCUGCCUCGAUAGCCCACACUUCCGAGAGACGCUCAAGUCGCACGAAGCAGAGCUGGACAAGACCAACAAAUUCAUCAAGGAGCUCAUCAAGGACGGGAAGUCACUCAUAACCGCGCUCAAGAAUUUGUCUUCAGCGAAGCGGAAGUUUGCAGAUUCCUUAAAUGAAUUUAAAUUUCAGUGCAUAGGAGAUGCAGAAACAGAUGAUGAGAUGUGUAUAGCAAGAUCUUUGCAGGAGUUUGCCACUGUCCUCAGGAAUCUUGAAGAUGAACGGAUACGGAUGAUUGAGAAUGCCAGCGAGGUGCUCAUCACUCCCUUGGAGAAGUUUCGAAAGGAACAGAUCGGGGCUGCCAAGGAAGCCAAAAAGAAGUAUGACAAAGAGACAGAAAAGUACUGUGGCAUCUUAGAAAAACACUUGAAUUUGUCUUCCAAAAAGAAAGAAUCUCAGCUUCAGGAGGCAGACAGCCAAGUGGACCUGGUCCGGCAGCAUUUCUAUGAAGUAUCCCUGGAAUAUGUCUUCAAGGUGCAGGAAGUCCAAGAGAGAAAGAUGUUUGAGUUUGUGGAGCCCCUGCUGGCCUUCCUGCAAGGACUCUUCACUUUCUAUCACCAUGGUUACGAACUGGCCAAGGAUUUCGGCGACUUCAAGACACAGUUAACCAUUAGCAUACAGAAUACAAGAAAUCGCUUUGAAGGCACUAGAUCAGAAGUGGAAUCACUGAUGAAAAAGAUGAAGGAGAAUCCCCUUGAGCACAAGACCAUCAGUCCCUACACCAUGGAGGGAUACCUCUACGUGCAGGAGAAACGUCACUUUGGAACUUCUUGGGUGAAGCACUACUGUACAUAUCAACGGGAUUCCAAACAAAUCACCAUGGUACCAUUUGACCAAAAGUCAGGAGGAAAAGGGGGAGAAGAUGAAUCAGUUACCCUCAAAUCCUGCACACGGCGGAAAACAGAUUCCAUUGAGAAGAGGUUUUGCUUUGAUGUGGAAGCAGUGGACAGGCCAGGGGUUAUCACCAUGCAAGCGUUGUCGGAAGAGGACCGGAGGCUCUGGAUGGAAGCCAUGGAUGGCCGGGAACCUGUCUACAACUCGAACAAAGACAGCCAGAGUGAAGGGACUGCGCAGUUGGACAGCAUUGGCUUCAGCAUAAUCAGGAAAUGCAUCCAUGCUGUGGAAACCAGAGGGAUCAACGAGCAAGGGCUGUAUCGAAUUGUGGGGGUCAACUCCAGAGUGCAGAAGUUGCUGAGUGUCCUGAUGGACCCCAAGACUGCUUCUGAGACAGAAACAGAUAUCUGUGCUGAAUGGGAGAUAAAGACCAUCACUAGUGCUCUGAAGACCUACCUAAGAAUGCUUCCAGGACCACUCAUGAUGUACCAGUUUCAAAGAAGUUUCAUCAAAGCAGCAAAACUGGAGAACCAGGAGUCUCGGGUCUCUGAAAUCCACAGCCUUGUUCAUCGGCUCCCCGAAAAAAAUCGGCAGAUGUUACAGCUGCUCAUGAACCACUUGGCGAAUGUUGCUAACAACCACAAGCAGAAUUUGAUGACGGUGGCAAACCUUGGCGUAGUGUUUGGACCCACUCUGCUGAGGCCUCAGGAAGAAACAGUAGCAGCCAUCAUGGACAUCAAAUUUCAGAACAUUGUCAUUGAGAUCCUAAUCGAAAACCAUGAAAAGAUAUUUAACACCGUGCCCGAUAUGCCUCUCACCAAUGCCCAGCUGCACCUGUCUCGGAAGAAGAGCAGUGACUCCAAGCCUCCGUCCUGCAGCGAGAGGCCCCUGACGCUCUUCCACACCGUUCAGUCAACAGAGAAACAGGAACAAAGGAACAGCAUCAUCAACUCCAGUUUGGAAUCUGUCUCAUCAAAUCCAAACAGCAUCCUUAAUUCCAGCAGCAGCUUACAGCCCAACAUGAACUCCAGUGACCCAGACCUGGCUGUGGUCAAACCCACCCGGCCCAACUCACUCCCCCCGAAUCCAAGCCCAACUUCACCCCUCUCGCCAUCUUGGCCCAUGUUCUCGGCGCCAUCCAGCCCUAUGCCCACCUCAUCCACGUCCAGCGACUCCUCCCCCGUCAGGUCUGUUGCAGGGUUUGUUUGGUUUUCUGUUGCUGCCGUUGUUCUCUCAUUGGCUUGGUCCUCUCUUCAUGCAGUGUUCAGCCUCCUCGUCAACUUUGUUCCCUGCCAUCCAAACCUGCACUUGCUUUUUGACAGGCCAGAAGAAGCGGUACGUGAAGACUCCAGCACACCGUUCCGGAAGGCGAAAGCCUUGUAUGCCUGCAAAGCUGAACAUGACUCAGAACUUUCGUUCACAGCAGGCACGGUCUUCGAUAAUGUUCACCCAUCUCAGGAGCCUGGCUGGUUGGAGGGGACUCUGAACGGAAAGACUGGCCUCAUCCCUGAGAAUUACGUGGAGUUCCUCUAACCGUGGGCCCCAGCAGAACUGCUGAGCUUUACAUGGUAUCCAUGACAACUGCUGAUUCCAGUGUCGUAGGCCAUUUCUCUUUGCCACUGAGAAAUGCAGCGUGACUGACUCUGUUGCUACCUGUCAACAUGAAUGUUUCUGUGAGCUCUGGUGUCACUCAUCUCCAUGAUCAUCUCAGCCAACACUCGUCAAUACUGCAAGAAAAGAAGUCAAUCAGCAGAGGAGACCAUUUGCUUUGGAUAACUAAGAGGAAGACUUGCAAAGCCGUUUUCUCAUGAGUACCCUAAAUAGGGGGCACUCAUUUUGUUUCAACAGUCCGAACGCCCAACCUUCAGAAAGAGGAAGUCAGAUAGAAGUAGUCCCCGAGAGCACACUGCGUAGCUAAGUCUGCUGGGGCUGGGUGAAGAAAUUGGCGCUGAGAUCCAGGCUGGAUCCAUUGCUUUUGUUUACAGUAGGCACUCUCUCUACCCCACCUCUCAGUACUUGAGACUUAAAGUGCUACAGGCAGCUGAGUCUGUUUGCAUGCAGGAUGAAGAGGGUUAAAGCGCUGUUUAUAUAAGAUCCAAUCUCUCACCAUCUCUAAAGCAGCCGUUGGCCCAUCAUCAGUGAGAUAUAGUCCAGUCUUCUCAUGCACGGGAACACACACACCCUGCGUUUCUCCCUCCCCGGCUAGGAACCUCUCUGCCACCAAGGGCUGCCAUCCAUCGCCUAGUAACCACGGCAACCCAACCUACUCUAAAACCAAACCAAAAAAAAUAAAAUAAAAUAACACAUCCUCUUUGCAUGACACAUUUUUUCUCUCCCCUUUUUGGUAUACUUUUAUUGAAUGGUUUUCUAACAACUUGAAGCACAUGAUCAAGGAAUUAGGGUGGUCUACGUGAGGCAGACGGGAUAGUAGCUGAGAACUGUUCCCCUUCUGAUGAAUUUCAGCAGCAUCGGGAUAUAUUUGGAGCACACCUUAGUAAUCUCUUGAGAUUAAAUUACAUAGUCUUAAUAUUUCCGUUCCUCCAUGCAACUGAUGUUUGUUUUUUAAAGGGUAAGAUGCUGCCUCCCAAUGGGUGACACCAUCUGACUGGUUUCCCCAUGUCUUCCUGUUCACCCAUCCCUGCUCCCACCCUUGCCUGCCUCUAACCCACCACUGGCCAGCCCCCUUGCCCUGCUCUGGGCUGCUGAACACUGGUGCUGUGGUGGUUUUCAAGGUUAAUUCCUAGGCUUACCGUAUGGCCUAUUUUAAAAGGACAUCUAUAUUCACUGCCACUCCGAAAAAGGGAAUUAUUUCUCAGUCUUUUGAGGCAUGAGACUAAUAUAGGCCAUUGUGAUUCAGAAAGAAACCCAAGGUUGGAGGGUGGGAUGGGUACCCUCUGAAAAAGGGAAUUUGCUGGUGAAAAGAGGCUGGAUCUUGUGGAAGACUGCCUUGGAUGGGGAAGUUCUGCCUGGACAUUUCAAAUUCACUUGGCCUUCAAACAACAGAGUCAUCCAUAUCUUCCACAUGUGAAUGUCAUUGCAAGGGUGACUCUAGACAAACUACAAACCGAUGGACGGUCAGGCUCCCCAGGAGCCCCUUGGAUGGCAGCGUUGCUUCAGAGUGUUUCCUGUUUCUGGAAUUCCUUGUUAGGGAACUUCAAAGAAGAAAAGAAAAACUUGAAUUGUGUGGAAUUACUGUAUCUUUUACUUUUUUUUUGAAAAGAUAAACUUGUAAAUAGAAUGAUUUGAAAUACUAUA